UGCAUCAACUUUCCUUCCUAGCUACCCAGCCUUUUCCGGUUUGGUUAGCCCUAGAGCCAUGGGAAUGGAGUCAGGAACACAAGUGAAGGAAGGAGGUUGGUGGAGCUGCCUCAAGAAUUUGCCUCACAAGUCCAAGUCCAAUGUUAUGAGCUUCGCGGAGGACAUCAAGAAGAUCGGAAAAGAUGAUCCAAGGAGAAUCACUCACUCUCUAAAAGUAGGAUUAGCUCUCACGCUAGUUUCUCUGGUAUACUACUGGAGGCCUCUUUAUGACGGCUUUGGUGUUGCGGGAAUGUGGGCUGUUCUUACUGUCGUUGUAGUGUUUGAGUUCACCGUAGGUGCAACCCUGAGUAAAGGCAUAAAUAGAGGAUGUGCAACAUUAGUAGCAGGAGCUCUAGGAUUUGGAAGUCAACACUUGGCUAAUUUGUUUGGAGAAAAAGGAGAGCCUGUUGUGCUCGGGGCCCUUGUAUUCAUCCUGGCGGCAGGCUCUACAUUUUCGAGGUUUUUCCCCAAGAUAAAGGCAAGAUAUGAUUAUGGGAUGGUGAUAUUCAUAUUGACCUUCAGUCUGGUCGCAGUGUCAGGCUACAAAAUGGAGAAUCUCUUCGAGCUUGCUCAUCAGAGGUUCUCGACCAUUAUAAUAGGGGGAGCGACGUGCAUGGUCAUAUCCUUAUUCGUUUGUCCAGUUUGGGCAGGCGAAGACCUUCACAAGUUGGUCGCUUCCAACAUCGAGAAGCUGGCUACUUACCUAGAAGGUUUCGAAGGUGAAUACUUUCAGUACUCAGACGAUAAAGCAAAACCUGAAAAAUCAAAACUUGAAGGAUACAAGAGUGUUCUGAAUUCCAAGGCAACUGAAGAGUCCUUGGCAAAUCUAGCAAGGUGGGAACCAGGGCAUGGUCGAUUUCGUUUUCGCCAUCCUUGGAAACAAUACCUCAAGAUCGGAGCACUUUCUCGCAAAUGUGCUUACAAGAUGGAAGCUCUCAAUGGUUAUCUUAGCUCUGAAAUCCAAGUGUCUUUAGAGUUUAAUAGGAAAGUUCAGGAAUCAUGCAUGAAGAUGACUUCUGAAUCGAGCAUCGCACUGAAAGCAUUAUCUUUGUCUAUCAAAACAAUGAAAGAGCUGUCUGAAGUAAAACCCCACCUGGAGAAUUCCAAGAUCGCAAUUGAAGACUUCGAAAUCGCAGUCCAAACAGCUUCCUUAGAGGACAUAGACGUCUUAGCGAUAGUUCCAAUUGCCACGGUGGCAUCCAUACUCGUAGAAAUCACAAAGACAGUGGAGGAAAUCUAUGAAGCUGUCUCUGAGCUCUCCAACUUGUCUCAUUUCGAUAAAGUGGAGCCUAAUGUCUCGCCGGAGAAGCCAAACCGACUUCAUCGUGGAGUUAUAAAUCCUGUCGCAGACAGUGGAAGUGCAGAUCAUAUUGAGAUUAUUACCAUCCAAGAUUCGAACACAACAGUGAAGGAAGUUGCAGCACCAAAAUCCAACCCAGAGGAUGUAUCCUGUAAAUAGAUAGAUUUUAAUUUUAACUGUUAUUUGUUAGUACUAAUUUGAGAGGCUAGCUAGUAAUUAGUCGCUACUUAACAAUUUUUCUCCAGGUUGAGUAUUAAAAUGCAGUCUCUGACCUCAUCUUUUAGCCUCGUAAUAUUGUUGGACGUGGGAUAUUAAAGGAAUGAACUCGGGGUGAAUUAAAUAAGCAAAGCCUGGGUGCCACAUUUGGUGCUUCUCUUUCAUGACUUCGAUAUGUCUUAAUGUAUAAUGAAAGAAAAUGCGCAAAAAUGAAGAAGCCGAAAGAAAAGUGACAUGGGCAAUUUGGUUUU